AAUAAAUUGCAUAGUUAUGAGUCAUAAGAACCUUUGCAGAACUGGCCAGGCAGAGUAUAAAUUCAGCCUACCCUUCGUGUGAACCGCAGAAACGUUGGAGACACCCAGAGCAGCAGUCUUCCUCCCUGCACAAAACAAGGUUCAGAAUAAUGGAAGCUUUAAAUAAAGCAAACACAAACUUUGCUCUUGACUUUUUCAAGCAUCAGUGUCAAGAAGAUGGCAACAAGAAUAUUUUGUUUGCCCCUUUGAGUAUUUCAUCUGUCCUGGCUACCGUGUAUUUGGGAGCAAAAGGUAACACUGCAGAUCAGAUGGCAAAGGUACUUCACUUUAAUGAAGUUGAAGGAGCCAGAAAUGUCACCACAACCAUAAGAAUGCAAGUCUUUUCCAGAACAGAAGAAUAUCUAUCAAAUCGACGUGCCUGUUUCCAGAAGACAGAAAUUGGCAAAUCAGGCAAUAUCCACACUGGGUUUAAAGCACUCAACUUGGAAAUCAACAAACCCAAUAAAAAUUACAUGCUUAAAAGUGUCAAUCAGUUAUAUGGAGAAAAAUCACUGCCUUUCAGUAAGGAAUACUUACAGUUAGCCAAGAAAUACUACAAUGCAGAGCCACAAGCAGUUGACUUCAUGGGAGCAGCAAAUGAAAUCAGAAGAGAGAUCAACUCCAGGGUUGAAGAGCAGACUGAAGGUAAAAUUCAAAAUCUGUUGCCUCCUGGAUCCAUAGAUUCACUCACCAGGCUAGUCCUGGUAAAUGCACUCUACUUCAAAGGAACUUGGGCAACAAAGUUUGAAGCUGAAGCUACCAGGCAAAGGCCUUUCAGAAUAAACACGCAUACAACUAAACCAGUGCCAAUGAUGUUCCUGAGUGGUAAAUUUAAUUUUACCUACAUAGAAUCAGUCCAGACUGAUGUUGUUGAGCUUCCAUACAUCAAUAAUGACCUCAGCAUGUUUAUCCUCCUACCGCGUGACAUCGCCGGCCUACAAAAGCUAAUAAGAGAAUUGACUUUUGAAAACUUGUCUGCGUGGACCAGCCCGGAAUUAAUGGAGAAAAUGAAAGUGGAGCUGUAUCUGCCCAGGUUCACUGUAGAAGAGAAAUAUAACCUCAAAUCUGCUUUGAGCAAGAUGGGGAUACAAGAUGCCUUCACUGAAGGUCAAGCUGAUUUCACAGGAAUGUCAGAGAAAGAUAAUCUGGUUUUGUCACAAGUUUUUCACAAGUGUUAUGUGGAAGUCAAUGAAGAAGGUACAGAGGCAGCAGCUGCCAGUUCAGCAGCUCUGACAUCACGAAGCCUUGGUGCUGCUAUUAUUUUUGUAGCAGAUCACCCUUUCCUUUUCUUUAUCAGACACAACAGCACCAAGUGCAUCCUCUUCUUGGGAAGGUUCUGCUCCCCCUAAAAGACUGACUGUUACUAAACCAGCCCCUGCAACAACAAUAACAAACACAAUCCACAGCAUGAAGAACUUCUCAACAGCCUGUGCACUUUACCAUUUUCCUGUACUGUUGACAAUCUCUGUUAGAAGAGAGCACAUAUUAAAAAUAACUUAAAAAUAAAUGUCAAGCCUCUGGCUCACUUUCCUGGACAAAGAACCCGAAAAUUGUAGAACGGUACCCUAAGCACCAAAAUGUGGCAGAACAACAUUGAUGUGUCUUUUCAGUGCUUUCCAAACCAGAAUUGUCACUAUGCACAACAGACCAGGUUGAUCUAAAAGAGUACUUCCCAACACACUUGCUUUGGCACAUAAGAAGGAAAGAAACAGGAAAAACUCCUUCCUGCAGAAAGAUCUCUGUUAAGCUGGUUGUCCCGGGAGGGUCACCUCAACCACAGCCCUUCUCCUCCUCAGUUUUGUAAGAACUUCACAGCCUAGCACAGCUGGUAAUGAAAUAAAACUGCAAAUUCCUCUGUGUUCCUGAUACUGGUGAUUUGUUCUUGUGUGCAAAGGGGCUAAUACAUGGACUUUCUAAUCUCUGCCCUACAUCAAUUGGCAAAUACUGAAACAACAACACAGAACUGGAGGAAAAUAAAACAUGUGCCUUGAAAACCUC